UCACGUGUUCGCGAGACUUCGCCGUCCACCUCCGUCGCCUUCCCCAACUUCCCGACUCCUCUCCAUCCAAGCAGCAGCACCGCCAUAGACACACUGCACACGCCCAGACCAAUCUGCUGCUUCCGGCGUGCCGGGUUCCGCGGAUCGCGAGCUUGGACAGACCGCUCGAUCAGAGCGCACCUGAGUCACCGUUUCUGCCCCCGCGCGAUGGCGUCCCCGCCGCCGCCGCCGCUGCUGCUAACGCUGGUGUGGGCGGCGGCGCUCCUGUGGUGCCGCGGAUGCGACGCGCGGUUCGUUGUGGAGAAGAACAGCCUCAGGGUGACGGCGCCGGAGGCGCUCAAGGGCGCCUACGAGUGCGCCAUCGGCAACUUCGGCGUACCGCAGUACGGCGGCACCAUGGUCGGCGUCGUGGCCUACCCCAAGGCCAACCGGAAGGCCUGCAAGGGGUUCGAUGAAUUCGAUGUUUCCUUCAAGGCCAGGCCCGGGGCGCUGCCCACCUUCCUGCUCGUCGACAGGGGAGAUUGCUACUUCGCAAAGAAGGCAUGGAAUGCGCAAAAUGCAGGUGCAGUGGCGAUCCUUGUUGCCGAUGACAGGGAUGAACCUUUAAUCACGAUGGACACGCCUGAAGAGAGUGGAAGGGUGGAAUAUUUAGAGAACAUCACCAUCCCCUCUGCGCUAAUAUCCAAAAGCUUCGGUGAUAGGCUCAAGAAAGCUAUCGAUAACGGAGACAUGGUUAAUGUGAACUUGGAUUGGAGGGAGUCUCUGCCCCACCCCGAUGAGCGUGUUGAGUAUGAAUUCUGGACCAACAGUAACGAUGAAUGUGGUCCAAAAUGUAAUAGCCAGAUUGAUUUCGUCAAGAGCUUUAAAGGAGCAGCCCAGGUACUUGAGAAGAAGGGAUACACACAGUUCACUCCGCAUUACAUUACCUGGUAUUGCCCGGAGGCCUACACUUUAAGUAAGCAGUGCAAAUCCCAGUGUAUCAACCAUGGGAGGUAUUGUGCACCUGAUCCGGGUCAGGAUUUCAGCAAAGGGUAUGAUGGGAAAGAUGUAGUAGUACAAAAUUUACGACAAGUCUGUGUUUAUAAAGUUGCUAAGGAGAGCAAGAAACCUUGGCUGUGGUGGGAUUAUGUGACUGAUUUUGCAGUUCGGUGCCCAAUGAAAGAAAAGAAGUACACCAAGGAAUGUGCUGAUGGAGUUAUCAAAUCACUUGGCCUUGAUCACAAAGCAAUAGAUAAAUGUAUUGGUGAUCCAGAUGCUGAUGAAGAAAACCCUAUUUUGAAAGCUGAGCAAGAUGCACAGAUUGGCAAGGGCUCUCGUGGUGAUGUCACUAUCUUACCAACUCUUGUAAUUAACAAUAGACAAUACAGAGGGAAACUUGACAAAGCAGCAGUUCUUAAAGCACUUUGUGCUGGAUUUCGAGAAACUACCGAGCCAGCUGUUUGCUUGAGUGAAGAUAUACAAACAAACGAGUGCUUGGAGAACAAUGGUGGCUGUUGGCAAGACAAGGCUGCUAACAUCACUGCUUGCAAGGACACUUUCCGUGGAAAAGUGUGUGAAUGUCCAGUUGUGGAAGGUGUAAAAUUCGUUGGUGAUGGUUACACACAUUGUGAAGCUUCCGGAGCUGGGCGGUGUCAGAUUAACAAUGGAGGCUGUUGGAAAGAAACCAUGAAUGGCCGUACAUACUCUGCUUGUACUGCUGACGGCUGUAAGUGCCCGGAUGGGUUCAAAGGCGAUGGAAUCCACAAAUGUGAAGAUAUUGAUGAAUGCAAGGAAAGGACUGCAUGCCAGUGCAAGGAAUGCAACUGCAAGAACACAUGGGGAAGUUAUGAGUGCGGCUGCAGUGGAGGCUUGCUGUACAUGAAGGAGCAUGACACAUGCAUAAGCAAGAGUGCAGCAGCACAGGUAGGCUGGAACUUCCUAUGGGUCGUCUUCUUCGGCCUAGCGGCAGUAGGAAUCGCAGGAUAUGCAGUGUAUAAGUAUUGGAUCCGGAGGUACAUGGAUUCAGAGAUCCGCGCCAUCAUGGCGCAGUACAUGCCCCUGGAGAACCAGGGAGAGAUUCCCAGUCAUUCUCACCAUAUUGAGAUGUGAAGAACAACGCCAGAGCGGCUUAUGGAACGAGCAUUUUUUGUCUGGCAUGUGUGAUUGUAGUGAUCUUAUUGUACAGCAUACUAAGACAUCCUGUAAAUUUCUAGAUUAAUCACUCACAGUGCCAAGACAUAGCGGACUCCUUGUUGCUUGUUGCGAGGAUGUUUAAACCGUACAGUCCAAAGUUCAAAAUCAUUACAUACAUAACUUCACGGAAUUGGCGAAUCAUAUCAGCCCCUUAGACCUUGCUGAUAA